AUGCUCGAGAACGUAGUGGUUGGUGUGGUGCUGGCUGUGUGUGUGGUCGCCGGGUGUGGGAGCGAGAGCGUGUUGAGCUCGGCGUCUUUUGUGGCAGCUGUCUCGGGCGGACCGUGUUUGGCGUACCUGGCGACAGUGCUGGUGCUGGCGGUAGUGGACAUGGACGGACGAUGGGCUCGGUAUCGGUUGACAUCGACAACUCCCAGAUGGUCGCUGUAUCUCGGCCCACUGCCGGCGGUUGUUGCCGAUGUGGUGCUCCUGGAGGCUCCGCUGAUGGUCGCCUGGAGGGCUCUGGCGAGCGAGACCAUGACGCGCGCGGUCUCGGCCUCGGCGCUCUGGGCUCUGGCCAUGGAGAAGACCAUUGCCAAGGUUCCGCCGGAUGGAUCGGCAGCGUGUGCGCUGGCUGGCCUCGGGCGCAAUGCCACAGUGGUGGUGGGAAGGCUGGCCGGGUGCGCGCUGGACGAAUGCUGGGACGGGCAGACGGCGACGGCGGCGGCGAUGGCGGGUGGGGUUGAGGUGGUCGGGUUGCUGAGCGUGCUGGAUGAAGCUGUGGGAUGGGCGGUGGUAGUGGGGGUGGUGUAUGUGGUGGCAAUGGUGAAUGACGGGCUUGCCUCGCUGGUGCACGAGGGCAUGCACGCGUGGAAGCAGAUGUACGUCUGGGUCCACAAGACCCACCAUCUUCCGCUCACGCAAUGGUGCGCGGCGACGAUCGACGACCACUGGGUGGAGCGGGUGGUGGUAGAGGGACUUGUCUUUCGCAUCGGCGUGCUAGCAUUUCUUCCAGUUGUUCCGCCGGUGGCUGUGACGUUGGUGUAUGCGGCCAACUACGUACAGGCGGCGAUCAACCACUCUGGGCUGUACAUUCCGGCCGAUGUUGCGCCGUGGUGGCUGCCGUGGGGCCGCCAACUACUGCGAGGACGAGGCGAUGGGGGGCCUCAUUGA